UGUCAGGUCUGUAAAAUAGAAACCAUCUAUGAAAAUGCAAAUUUCAAACGUUCAGUCAACAAAUCCUCUCACUGCAAAGAUUAUUAUAAAUUUGCAGAUUUUGGAUCAGUGACUUUGAUGCGCAACAUGGUUUCAUUGGAAAAGCCAGUUCAAGAGCGUAACACACGUGAGUUUUGCAAUAUCUCUGCGGGUGAAUGGACAGUUUGUCGUGGACUGCAUUACUUCAGUGCUGAGAAACACGACUGGUCAAAGAGUCGUGAUGUGUGCAUUUCAAAGGGAGCAGAUCUGGUCACCAUUACCAGCCAAAAUGAACAGGAUUUUCUGGUGUCUAAAAUUAAAGAGACUCACUGGAUCGGUCUUAAUGAUCUGGACACUGAGGGCCGGUGGGUUUGGGUUGAUAACCAAACUCUUGAAGAAACAGGAGUACAGUUCUGGAACAAAAGGGAAUAUGGGAAAAAUGAACCUGAUAACUGGAGUGAUGAGGAUCCAUCUGGAGAGAACUGUGCCAGUCUUGGAGAGGAGAAUGGAAAUUUACAUAUUUGGUUUGACAAUUCUUGCAAAAGGCAGAAAAGGUUUAUCUGCGAAAAGAGAUAUUAA